CAUAUUCAUUGCAAUUGUAGCAUUUUCUUGUUUUAGACUUGGAUCUAGACUUACCCCUUCUCUGGUUGAAUUUUCUCACAUUUGAGUUAUCAUUGUUAGCAUGUUUAUGGUUUUGAAACUUAUUCAAAGUUCUACCCCUCACAUGCAUAACCUCCCCAGAAUUUUUAUCACUCUUAGAAUUUUUCAACUCUAAUUCCUUACUCUUAAGACCAUUCACAACAACAUCAAGAGAAAUAUUAUCCCUACCAUAUUUAAUUGCAGAUUUAACAUCACUGUAGGAAUCAGGAAUAGCAUUCAAAAGAGCAAUAGGGGUGUAGUCAUCAAUAUGUUUAUCACCGGUUAAUUUAAUAUCAGAAAUCAAUUUGGUGAAAACAUCUAGAUUUUCUUCUAUGUCCUUAGACAUAUCCAAUCUAAACUUGAAAAAUUUUUCAAUAGUAAGUGGUGGCUUGCCGGAGGAGGAUGGAGCUAUUCCCGGCGGCACAGCCAGAUUUGUCUCUGAGGAUCAGCCCGCCGACCGGAAAACCACCGGGAACAACCCAUGAUCACAAAACAGACCUCGGGUUCUUGCGGCCGAUUAGGGGAGUCCCCGUCUACUACUAUAAUCCCACACAUGCUUUCCCUUUUAGUUCUCAUGUUGGCAAUAAUAGCUUCCUUACGACUGAUCCUCCAGCAGAAGCUGCCGUGCCGCCGCCGUCUAGCGGCGGCCACCGCAACGGUCAUCCAGCUGCAUCGGGGCCGGGGGGAAAUCGGUCAGGGUUUCGGUGGUCAUCGAGAUUCCCAGCGAGACGGAGGACGAGAAAUCCAAGGAUGCGAUGGACGAGCAGUCUCCAUGCUCGGUUCGUUCACUCGGUUGAGCUCUUGGGUGGCCACGAAAGAGCAACACCCAAGUCAGUUCUGGAGCUAAUGGACGUCAAAGAUCUCACCUUGGCUCAUGUAAAAUCCCAUUUACAGAUGUAUCGAACGAUGAAAACUACAGAUGGGAGUAGGACAACUGGAACUACAUCAUCAGUCGGAGGUGUUUGACUAUGGGUCAUCUGGUGAUAAUACAUGUGAAGACUUGAUGCUGGACAUUCAAACAUCAAUAAAGUCUGAAUUGUCAGUUCAUCAGCAACAAAGACCAAAUGUGUGUAACAAAAAUCAAUACAAGGACGAUUU